AUGGUGGUGCACGGACAGCCAGCUGGAGGCCGCUCUCGGGACGACGUCGCGGUGGGCGGCAAGGCCAAGAGCAGCUGGAGCGACUGGGUCUGCUCCAGCCGCCUCUGCAGGGAGUGGAACUGGUGCUCGCUCUGGCAGUGCCGCAGCUGCGGCCGAGUGGCCCCGCCGUGGGUCAAGGCAGCCCAGCCGCCCGCGGCCGCCGCUGGCCUGGAGCAGCCAGCCGCUGACGCCGAGGGCUUCGACUUCCUCGCGGCCCCUGGCGAGUCCAUCGAUGAUGCGUGCCUGUCGUCGUUGCGAUCGGCCCUCGGCCGUAAGCGUCGCAGGCUCGCGGCAGCGGAGGCGGCGCAGGCUGAGCGCAAGAAGGCCGACACCCCCCUGCCCAAGGCGCUCCACGGCGCUGGCAACGCCCUGGGGAAGAUGGUCAGGCAGGGGCGGGCCAAGGAGCAGGCGCUGCUCAAGGCGGAGGAGGCCCACGCGGCGGCCAUCACCGAGCGUGAGGAGGCAGUCGCCCGGGAGGCCGCGUGCGCAGAGGCCGUCGAGGAGUGCCGAGCUGCCCUCGAGGCUCACCGCGAGGGGCAGAAGGCCGCAGAGGCCAGACAGGCCCUGGAGGUUGGAGCAGCCUUCGCUGGCACGGACCUGCUCGGGCUGGUCUUCGGCCUCAUUCAGCAGGUCGAGGCCUUGCCGCAGGGGUUCGCCGCAGGCAACGGGGAGGCCGCCUUCGCCGAGGUCGCCAAGCAGAUCGCAGCGGUCCGCAGGCAGGCCCCCCCUGAGCCCAAGGGCCGCUCCUCCUGGGCCGACACGCCCGUCGACGUCUCCUACGAGGACCUCGAUGGAGAUGAUGAGGAGCGGGCCCGAGCGUCGUCGGUCCCGUCCGUGCAGGAUGCCGCCGAGCGUGGGCAGGCAGCGCGGCGAGGAGCGGCGCAUGGCGCAUGGCCCGCAGCCCAGCCGCUGGCCAGGAGCCUUGCCAACGCUGGAGCGGCCCUCCUCGACGACCAGCCGCUGGCCACGGCUGCUGCUGGCCCCGCUGCUGGCAGCCGCAGGCCGCUGGCGAGCGGGUGGCCGGGUCCCUCGACGGGUGUAGCGAAGCCGAGUCCGUGCCCACUGCGCGCUGGCCUGGAGGUCCUGGGCUGCAAUGGCAACGUCUGGAACAGGAGCGUCGAAGUCAUCGAGGCCUUCUUCCACGCCCACCAGUACUGGCCGCAGCUGGUCCUCCUGCAGGAGACGAGGCUGGCCCAGGAGCGUCUGCCUGGGGCCAGGGCGAUGGCGCGCCGCCUCGGAUACACCGCCUUCCUGCACGAGGCGGUGGCCACGGAGCAGUCUGGCCCGAACGCCACGUCGGGCGGCGUCGCGACCCCGGUGAGGGUCGGGCUCCAGGCCGAGGAGUCGGCCUGCCAGCUCCUUGCAGCCCUUCGGCACCGCCUCAUCGGGGUCGAGGUUGCGGCCCCGUCGGGCCUCCGCUUGCUGGCCGUGGCGGGGUACGUCCAGCACUCCCUGGGCCCGCGGGGCUUCAGCCUGGACCUGAUCUCGGCGGUCUCGGACCUGGUGGCCUUCUCGCUCGAGCUGCCCUGGGUCCUCCAGGCCGGCUUCAACAUGGAGCCCGAGCCCCUGCAGGUGCUGGGGCCUUCGGAGGCGACUUGUUGCGCCCAGGGCCUGGAGCACGUCUUCGACUGGUUCGUCGCGUCGUCGGACCUGGCCACCUGCACGGCGUCCUGCACGACCACGCUCAGUGACUUCGGGCUGCACCCGCAUUCCCCUGUGCUGCUGCGCCUCCAGGACGUCAGGUGCGACGCCCUGGUCGAGGUGCCCUCCCGUCCCGCUCGGUUUCCUGAUGUGGAGGUCAAGGGUCUGCGGCCCCGCGAGGACGCCCUGGUCCAGGCCUUCACUGUCGGCAAGCGCGGGAAGGUGGCGCAGAAGGAGGUGACUUGGUCAUGGGCUCAGGGGCCCAAGAUCAGGCGCAUGCCCUUCAGCGCGCUGGUGCAGCGGGAGGCCAGGUUGAAGUGCAGCAUGCUGACCCACCGCCUGAGGAGCUGCCUUGCCGUCGCCCUCCAGAGGAUUCGGGCGGAGCAGGCCAGCAGGUGGCACCCGAACCACUCUUGGUGGCACGAGCAGGAGGCGGCGGCGAGGGCGAAGCUCCUAGACGAGGCGACCCAGGAGGCGACUGGCCUUCGGAGCGAGGCCCUCCCUGGAGCCUCCGACGAGAAGUGGGGCGACCUCGCCUUCCACGCGGGGGUGGUGGGCUGCCCCACGGCGAUCGCCAAGUCGCAGUCGUGGCUCCUGGCGUCCCAGAGGCGCGAUGCCGCCGAGGGCGCGGCAGCUUGGCGCAGCUGGGCCCAGGCGGCUGUGGAGAAAGGAGGCCGCCUGGCCCACCGCUUCUCCAAGGCGGCUCCCACGCCUGUGGUCAGGGACGCCGACACUGGGAGGCCUCUCGUCGGCAUGGGCGCCGUGGACCAGCUCACGCGCACGCGGCAGCGGCUCUGGCUCCAGGAGGGCUUCUCCCGCGGGGUCGGAGCCCACAGGUGGGAUGUUGGCUCAUGGACGCUGCCGCCCCUCACCCUGGAGGACUUGCAGCAGGCGUGCAGGCGCUACGGCCCGUCUGUGGGGUUGGGCUGCGACAACCUGCACCCUCGCCAGCUCCUCCUGCUGCCAGUGGCGCUGCAGCUUCGCUUGAUUGACAUCCUGUCGGCUUUCGAGGACGAGCCUGCUUCGAUCAAGGGACAG